AUGUCUCAAUCGUGGCUCCAAAGGAAGCGCAAAGCUGAAUUGAUUGACCUUGCGCAAAAGGCCAGACUUCCAGACGCCGACGGCCUUUUGAAGGAUGAUUUGGUCGAGAUGCUCGUGAACCACCUCAACUCCAACGAGACGUCUUUUGCCAAACACCCAGAUUUUCGCGACUACUACGGUAGGAAUGGAUCACCCAUUAAGCGCGAGCGAGUGUCGCCUUCAGCUCCUCCGACUGCCAUCAAGUCGACGCGCCGCCGGACGCUCAUCAAGGAGUCUUCUGAGGAGCGCAUGCCAGAACCCAGCAGCGUUGUAGCGCGUACACCAGUAGAGCGCGCGCCAGUGGAGCGAACACCAGUAGAACGCACGCCGGUAGAACGCACACCUGUUUCGCGCACUCCGAGAGCCCUUCCUCGCCGUGUCUCCGAGGUCGUUACCCAAGUGGACAUUCCUGCAUCGCCCGCGCAACUCGCCGAAGUUGCCGACAUGUCUCUCCAGGUGGCCAAGGAAAAGGCUACUGAGUUGUGGGACAGGACCCGCAUCGACGAGCUGAAGGAAUUCAUACGCGAAAACGCAAGUUCAGUCGCGACCAUCCAGACCAUCAUCCUCCUCAUCGAAGCCGUGGGAUUACAGUGGAACACACUCGACACCACCGCCAUGUUUGCUACCCCAGACGUAUUGAGCUCGUACUCGGAUAGCCCGCACGUCAUGGGACCGAACGGGUGGGCAUUGCUCACUGCCGGCUGGUGGGCGCCUGCUACUCUCUGGUCAUUGACCAGCUGGGUGCUGCCGCUUGUCUUCUCCUACUUUUUCAACUUGACCCUGCGCACAAACACAUCACGCAAGUCAUCCGACAGCCAAUACCCCGCUGACCCCCUCAUUUUCAACAUUACGAGGGCUAUAUUAGCCUACAGCGCGUAUAGGGAGACAGUCAACACUGCCCUGGUUCCAGGCGCAUGGGGUCCUUUUUCGGAGUCUUCUGUCGCACGUGUUGGAAACCACGUACCAGGAGGAUACUAUGGUUUACAAAUCAGUUCCCUAGUUGGUAUACUGGUGAGCCUGUACGACGCCGCGCUAAAGAAGUAG